GACGCUUGCCAUACGAUCUGAAAUCUCUGAAGCAAAACUGACACUCGCACUCUUCAUCAUGGCAUCCGUACUCAAAGCUCAAAAGAAGAACCAAGCUGUCAAGGAUGUCAAGGGAAAGCGGAAGGCAGAUACCAUGGACGUCGAUGACACUACGGAGGGACCGUCGCCGAAACGUCCAAAGAACAAGCAGCGAGUUCUGCUACUCUCUUCUCGAGGAGUUACCCACCGCAUGAGGCAUCUCAUGAACGAUCUAGAAGCUCUUCUUCCUCAUGUUAAGAAAGAUGCCAAGCUUGACUCCAAAAGUCACCUCCACCUUCUGCCCGAACUAGCAGACUUGAACAACUGUAACAAUGCACUAUAUUUCGAAGCUCGCCGACAUGAAGAUCUUUAUAUGUGGGCUGCAAAAACACCUAAUGGCCCAAGCAUCAAAAUGCAUGUGCAGAACGUACACACGAUGGACGAGCUGAAGAUGACCGGCAAUUGCCUCAAGGGCAGCCGCGGUCUGUUAUCCUUUGACAAGGGCUUCGAUGAGACGGAGUGGGGAAAACUCACCAAGGAGGUCUUCACACACAUAUUUGGCGUGCCUGCAACCGCGCGGAAAGCGAAGCCAUUUAUUGACCACAUCCUGACAUUCUCUAUUCUGGAUGACAAAGUCUGGUUCCGUAAUUUCCAGAUUGUUGAAAAGGAUCCUCUUCAACCAAAUGGCCCUCCACAGACCUCCCUGGUCGAGAUCGGUCCUCGUUUCGUCUUGACACCAAUCCGUAUCUUCGAAGGUGCAUUCAGUGGAGCGACGGUCUACUCGAAUCCAGAGUUUGUUUCUCCUGCUGCUGUGCGUUCAGCUUUGAAGAGAGAGAAAGGUUCAAAGUACGGAAUGCGAAAACUCGCCGAGGAGGAAAGAUAUGGUCGCGAAGCUGCCAGGAAGAGGGAGGAGGACGAGUUGGCGGUGUCGAAGGUGUUUGCUUAGAUCUCUGCAUCUUUUCUUUUCUUCCACAUGGUUUUCUUACAUUGUGGGCUCUGUACAUUCACAUUCGUGGUUCGUCAAAAUCGUAUUGCGGUG